AUGGAAAGUGGUGUGCAAAGUUUCUUCACCUUCAUAAUUGUUGUGCAGUUCAUAAUUGGGAAUUUGAGCAAUGGAUUUAUAGUACUGAUAAAUUUCAUUGUCUGGGUCAAUAAAAGAAAGCUUUCCUCAGUAGAUCAAAUCCUCAUGUUAUUGGCAAUUUCCAGAAUUGGACUCAUCUGGGAAAUAUUAGUAAGUUGGUUUCAAUCUGCGUAUUUAUUUCCACAGCAGCAACAACUACUAGAAUUUAGUGUUUAUUCAUGGAUUUUAUUAAAUCAUUUUAGUCUCUGGCUAGCUACAGUCCUCAGCAUCUUUUAUUUGCUCAAAAUAGCCAGUUUCUCCAGUCCUAUUUUUCUCUAUCUGAAGUGGAGAGUAAAAAAAGUAAUUCUAAUAAUACUUCUAGGAAGCUUAGUACUCUUGUUUUUAAAUGGGAUGCAAAUAAGCAUAAAGUUUGAAGACUGGAAACAUGGAUAUGAAAGAAACACAACUUGGAAUUUCACAGCGAGGGAAAAUAUAAUGGUAGCAAAGCUCAUCCUAUUCAACAUGACCAUGUUCUCCCUCACACCAUAUAUUCUGACCUUGAUUUUUUCUCUGCUGCUAAUCAGCUCCUUAUGGAAACAUCUCCAGAAGAUGAAGCUCAAUUCCAAACAACACAGAGAUCCCAAAACUGAAGCCCAUAUCAAUGCCUUGAAAAUUGUGGUCUCUUUCCUCCUACUGUACACUUCUUACUUUCUGUCUCUCCUCGUAUCAUGGCUUUCUUAUAUACAUAAUAUUGAAUUGAUUCAGCUAUUUUCUGCAACCACUGGACUCAUCUAUCCUUCAAGCCAUUCACUUGUCCUAAUUCUGGGAAACUCCAAGUUAAGGCAGGCCUUUCUUUGCAUAUUGAAAGUGUGGGACAAAAGAUGA